AUGCCUUCAUUACCACGAGUUGACCGUAUAAAACCUAUCUUCACAUCUGCGAAAGCGUUGAAUUAUGGAUGGAGAUUUACUGAUUAUUUGAAAAUUCCUGCAUUCAACGGAGUUUCACGAUAUAUUCCACAAGUUCACCGGAUAACUAUCCGGUUUUGCAAACAGAGCGAGAGCAGUACCGGAGUAAGGAAUUUCGUUGAAAGCCAUCUGUGGAGGAUAGGUAAUUUUGCUUUUUAUUCAAUCAGUUUCUUUGAGGAAAUCAUAUUGGCUAGGGCUUGAAAAAAAAAUCUGAUCAGACUAGUUUUUUUUUUUACUUAAGUGUAAGGUCAUAGGCAAUUCCCUAAAAAAUUACUUUUCUUCUUCAUCUGCAAGCCUUUCUCACUUUUCAGGCGAAUCAAACCCCUCAGUUGUCAUUUACACUCAGCCAGUGAGAAACUCAAUACCGACAAUCCGAGCAGAAUACGGAAAUGGAAAAGUUAUCCAGUACAAUGCCAAAAAUAUGAGCGAAAAAGAAAUACACAAGGAUUUCGUCCAGAUGCUUUCCCGAGGAGGAAAUCCAGUUGUCAAGCUGGAAAGCAGGCAGAACUCGAUAACUCCCUCGGUGCAGGUUUGUUCCGAACGAUAAUUCUUCAGAAGAUAGUUUAUUUUUAGGGAUCUUGGACGCCAAUAACGUGGCUUCCCACAAGUAGCAACGUCGUGCCGCUUCCCCAAAAGAUUGCAGUUGUGAAGAAAACAGAGGUUUCGGCAACAGAAUAUUUUUCAGAAAAAACAUAA